AUGUCCAGUGUUUUGACCGCAGACUUGUCCCCUUCUCGUUGUUUGGUCUUCGGCCUGCUGCUCACAGCUGCAUGCAACCUCCUUGCUGCAGUGGUGCCAGCCACAAGCCCUACCAAUCUUGCAGUGGUCCUGGCUGUGCUGUGGGCGAUGAAUGGCUUGUUUCAAGGCCUUGGAAGUCCUUCAUGCGCUCGCAUCAUCAGUGCCUGGUGUAGCGCCAAGGAACGUGGCAGCUUCUGGUCCUUGUGGAACAUGUCCAACAACUUGGGUGGAGCACUAGCGCCUCUGAUGGUGAGUUUGGGCGCUGCGGCGGGCUGGCGUGGCAGUUUGCUGCUGGCAGGGGCAAGUGCAGCGUUCAUCAGCAUUUUUGUGGCUUUUCUGGUGCAGGAUUCUCCAGAUGGUCAGGUGGAAGCUGUGAAGUCUCACUCUGAAGGCAUCCACCUCUCUGGUCUGUCGCUUUUAUGGAAGGGCUGCCUUUUGAAACCUGGAAUGGCCUGCCUGGCGCUGGCUAAUUUUGUAGUCUAUGGUUUGAAGAGUGCCAUGAUUUCUUGGCUGGCCUUCUAUGUGCAAGCCCAUGGCCAUACCGCCUUGUCAGCUGCAGGACGUUUGAGUAUGUUCGAGAUUGGUGGCUUGUUUGGGAGCCUUGUGUCUGGCCCCUUGAGCGACAAGUAUUGGCAUCUUCGUGGUUCAGGAGCCCCAUUGGUUGGCUGCCGCGUCCAGGUUGCAUCUGCCAGUGUGCUUGCCAUCCUGCUGCCUGCAAUGAUCACCGUCGUCUUUGGGCCUUCGCGCAUCAGCUUCAUUGCAAUGUUCGCGGUAGGCUUUGGCCUUUAUGUGGCACAGGCCCUUGCUGCUUUAUCUGGCUUGGAGCUGGUAACAGGACGUGCAGCAGGGGUGGAGGAAGACCUGCCACCAUUGGAGUCAAUGGUGGAGGAAGACCUACCGCCACUGAAGUCAAUGGUGGAGCAACAGGAGGCCCUUUCAAGAUUGAUUAUUGACGGCUGA